AUGGAUUUAAGAGUUGGAAAGAAAUAUAGAAUCGGUAGGAAAAUCGGUAGUGGAUCAUUUGGGGAUAUCUACUUAGGUACUAAUAUCAUCAGUGGAGAGGAAGUUGCUAUUAAAUUAGAAAACGUUAAAGCCAAACAUCCUCAAUUAGAAUAUGAAGCUAAAGUUAUUAAAGCUUUAAGUGGAGGUGUUGGUAUUCCUUUCGUAAGAUGGUAUGGUACUGAAUGUGAUUAUAAUGCCAUGGUUAUUGAUUUAUUAGGUCCUUCAUUAGAAGAUUUAUUCAAUUAUUGCAAUAGAAAAUUCACUUAUAAAACCGUUUUAUUAUUAGCUGAUCAAUUAAUUUGUAGAAUCGAAUACGUUCAUGCUAGAUGUUUUAUUCAUAGAGAUAUUAAACCUGAUAAUUUCUUAAUGGGUAUUGGUAGAAGAGGUAGUCAAGUUAAUGUUAUUGAUUUUGGGUUAGCCAAAAAAUAUAGAGAUCCAAGAACUCAUUUACAUAUUCCUUAUAGAGAAAAUAAGAAUUUAACUGGUACAGCAAGAUAUGCGUCUGUUAACACUCAUUUGGGUAUUGAACAACUGAGAAGAGAUGAUUUAGAAAGUUUAGGUUAUGUUUUAAUUUAUUUCUGUAGAGGUUCAUUACCUUGGCAAGGUUUGAAAGCUGCUACUAAAAGACAAAAGUAUGACAGAAUUAUGGAAAAGAAGAUGACUACACCUAACGAUAUUUUAACAAAAGGUUUACCUAAAGAAUUCUUAGAUUAUAUGAAUUAUAUUAAAUCUUUAAGAUUUGAAGACAAACCGGAUUAUCCAUUUUUAAGAAAAUUGUUUAGAGAUUUAUUCAAAAGAGAAAAUUAUAGAUAUGAUUAUGUUUUCGAUUGGACUUUAUAUAAAUUUCAACAAGAAAAGCAAAGGGAACAAAAAUUAAUUGAUAACAAUCAAAACCAAAACCAAAACCAAAACCAAAACCAAAAUCAAACUCAAACUCAGAAUCAAGCUCAAAAUCAAAAUAACCAACAAGAAUCUCCAAAUCAAAAUUACCAACCAGCACAAUCACAAUCACAACCACCAAAUCAAAUAUCUAAUCAAGUUCCACAACAAUCUAUGGGUUUAAAUUUACCUUUGAAUUUAUCUAAUGAAAAGGAUGGGAAAAUAGAUUUCAACGAUAAAAUUGACCAAUUACAACAACAUCAAAUGUAUGCCAAAAAGACUAAAAAACCUUCACAAAAUUGGUUGUAA